AUGGUUCGAUUUGCUGCCGUUGCCCUGGCCUUGGCCGCCACCUUCAUGACCGUCGCUGCCAGCGCCGACGCGCCCCAGCACGGCACCGUCCAGCACCUUGAGCAGCGCCAGGAGGAUGCCAAGCAAAAGGAAGAGUUGUCACAGCUGUUCCUGGAAUACGCAAAGACGGCCGACGAUAUAAAGAAUCUGAUGAACAAGUUGGCGGGAAAGUGA